CCGGGUGCGGAACCUGUCCGCCUUCAUCAAGUGGCUCGCCAAGCAGGAGGCCAUGCAGCGCAACGCCGAGGGGGUCCCCACCGCCGAGAGCGCCGCGUGCAGCUCCGGCCCCUUCCGCGCCUCCCCGCAGGCAAGAAGAUAGAAGAAGUACUAGAGGAUGUAAAUUAUAUAAGAAUCUUGAUUGGGACCCGAACAAGACAAGACUGUACCACUGUAAUGUCGAGAAACGGGAUGAUACCAUAGCUUAUAUCUUUAAGGGUCCAUAUGUGGAGAAUACAAGGACUCAUCUGCAGAAAAUUGUUGGUGAUGACAAUGUUCUUCUUGUGAAGUUUGCAGAUAUACCUGAUCUUGUAAAUAAAAUCGACAAGUUCGGUAUCUACUGCACAUUUUACAGCCAGCUCUCUAAUGAUGGUAUCCUUUUGGGCUUGCGUCGAUAUCACUAUUUCAUUCACAAAGAUGGAGGGAAGGAGGAGAAGCUAAAAGAGGAAAAGAAGAAAGAGAAGAACAAAAAGUGCAGCUCUUCUGUUAGGUGCUAUUUUGUUCGGAUGGAGUCUGGGUGGGAAAGGGAUCACCCAUACCAUCUCUCUGGCCACACAAUUGAGCAGGCCCGCAGACUCUUUAUGCACAUACACAAUGCUCCUACUGUGGCGAAAUAUGUAUCAAGUGACAACGGCCAGCUUUCUGGAAAGGUUCUUGUCUAUAAACAUCCUGGAUUACUUUUUGGCGAUAUACACGAAUUGACUGCAACAUAUAUUGCUGGUUUAGAGAAUAUCGUGGGAAAUUCCAAAUAUGCCAUAUUUUUCCCCACUUGUGGACCACGAUCUUUGGCUGAUGAAAUGGCAAAUAGCGAUUUUGAUGGCGACAUGUACUGGGUCUCAAGAAACCCACUGUUAUUGGAGUGCUUCAAACCACGUAAACCAUGGGUUCGAAGAAUAUCACCGAGAAAGACUGAUCAGAAGAAGCCUCAGGAUUAUCUUGGAUCCAAGUUGGAAUGCAUGUUAUUCCGCGAAUAUUUGAGAGCUAGAUUUACACCCAGUUAUGUCCUGGGUGCAGCUGUAAAUUGUUGGCUGGCAUAUAUGGAUCGGCUCUUGACAGGCGGCAUUCCUAAGAGCGAGCGGAAAGAAAUAAAGAAGAAGAUGCUUGACUUGGUUGACAUUUACUAUUUGGCUUUGGAUGCAGCGAAGUCAGGGAACAAGAUCACUGUUCCUGAAGAGCUGAUGGUCAAGCAGUACCCACACUUCAUGGAACGAUAUCCUGACUACCAUUCGGCAUCUGUGCUGGGCAAAAUCUAUGAUGAAGUAAAAUCACAAGAGUCUGAAGCUGAUCCUUCAAUCAAGAUAGUGCCCCUGCAAUGCUUCACCGAGGUAGCAGUAUCUGAAGAUUACAAGCGCUGUUGGACAUCUCUUUAUCAGGAGUACUUGAGGGAGAGCUCUAAACUUUGUAAGCUGGAGGACAAAGCGGAGAGGAACAUCAAUUUCCACGAACUCUACCAAGAGUACAAGUGGAUGCUGUACAAGGCCGAGGAGUUUGAGUACAGCCCGAGGGAGCGCUUCGAUCUCUUCAACGAGGCCUGCGCGGUGUACCAGUGGUGUACGAGCACGCGACGUCCUGCAACCAGGUCAGCAAGUGCGGCUUCGCUUGGGAGGUGGCCAGCCGCGCGCUGUGCCAGCUGUACACGCUGAAGCACAGCGGUGACACCGUGCUCUGCUCCUUCUCCGUUCUUGAGGGUGCUUUCAAGAAGAACCACCGCACAUAGCGCCUAGCGCUUUGCGUAGUUGGAAUGCCUUUUGUGUGUCAAUCUGAUGGUGGAGCAGCACUUUGUAGUGAUGCUAUUAGGCGAUGCACAAGGUUGCGAAGAAGCAAACCUUUUGGCUACAAUUCACCUGCAUCUGAUACAGAGGACUGUGUGCAUUGUAUGUAUCGCUCCUGGAAGAUCUUAAUGGUGUACGUAUGUGCUAGUAUACGGUAUGUGCAUCGACUGGGUUCAUUCAGAACUAGAAUCUGGAACAUGUCCAAGUCCUCUGUUCUUGGUCGUCCCGGAAUUAACCGAGUAAAGUUGUAGCCUCACCUUCUGUAAUCUGAAUGAAAUGGAGCCCUUUGACACUUAAUAA